AUUGAUGUAAUAUUAAUACAAAUAUUUGACACCAGCGGAUGUAAGUAUAGAUAAAUAUAAUUGUUUAUAGCGCUACAUCAUUUGCGCUUGGCUCUGAUGGACCCUUCGUCAUAUUGAUUUCAAUUCCUCAGCGUUUUUCUCAUUCCUUUUAUUAUUAUUUGUGCCGAAUUGUUUAUUUUCCAAAACUUUUACGUUAUUACUUGGCGUCGCAGUGCGAACUUUUCGUACAUUCCUCACGGUCCGCUUUCGCUUCGCUCUCAUCCGUCUAUUUAUUCUCUCUAGACAAACGAUCUCGAUGGAAUUCUUUGUAUCGGAGCCAUCUAAUACCAGGAACGGACCCGCAACGCGGGCCUCGGCUCGACUCGAUUUAACUCGCUCAAGUACUCGGAAUAGUUAUUAAUUAUCUCCGUGCAGACGCCGGCUAAUUGGACCGCGUCGUGUAUGCAUCUAGCACGCGGGAUGUGAGACGCGAAAUUUUAAUUCCUCACGAAUUACAAAUCGGCAUAAAAUCUUCGUUGUCGUUAUGGAUCAAGUUUUUCUCGCUCUCGCGCAAAUGGAACGAAAUUCGUUCAUAUUUCAUAAAUUUGGCAAAUUUGGUAAUUUGGUAAUUUUCAAUGAAUUUUGGAAGAAGCACGCGCGAAACUCCACGACCGGGAUGGAAAAGAAUAUUUUGGGAAAUAAACGGAAAUAUACGCGCGAGAGAGGAAAAAUUUCGUGAGGAAGCAAGCGAGAAAUUGAGCUCAAAUGAAUUCCUCAAGUCACACUCCGUCUAUUUUCCACGGAGAUGGGAGAAAGCUAUCGACAAGGAGGAAGGACCAAACGGUGCGCUGAACGUUGGUAUCCUGCUCUCUGAUCGUCGGCUGCAUUUCAAUGAAGCGACGAGCCGGGAAGUCAGCGAACGAGCUCCCGAGGUGCUCGCACACUGGCCGAAGCGCACCACCGUGAGAAAUCGAAUUUCCCAUGUGAAUUUGUCGCGCACGUCGCGAUCGCGAACGGAAUCCCGAGCUGCCAUCGUUUGCAUUCGCGAUGCACUGCGGUGCGACGCUCGUUCGCGCCGCGGCGGCGCCGCGACGCGUUCGCGGAUAAAUAAUGGCACGUCCAUCAAGACGGGCGACGCGCCAACCGUGCGGUUCGUCCAACGGCACAUCGGCGUGUUCGCGUUGCAUUCUGCAAUUUGGAUAAUGCGCGCACCUCUCUGCUUCACGCGCCGACCUGUCAUUAUGGAAAGCCCGGGCGUGGAGAGACAAUGCGAGAGCGAUUAAAGGAAUAGGAACGCGCGAUAAUGAGCGCCGCUCCCGGCGACGAGACGACAGUGCGUAGCCGCACGUGUCGUAACGCACCGUCCCGUUGAGAACAUUCGUAGAAGGAUCGCGAUCGCACAUUCCGCGAGGUCUCUAUGUCCAGCUAAAUCCAAUGAUGAUCGAUCAUCGAAUCCAGAUUCGAACAAGCUGCACACAAUUCCGGCUCAACCUUGACACAGUCUAGAAAAAGAGAGAAAGCCAAGUUUAAUAAUUUAUUUAAUCGUGUAUACAAACGCGCGGAGUGCUGUAGAGCACGCAACCUUAAUUGAUAUUGAUAGGUUCUUAAGCGCAAAUAAUGACGAAAGUCCUGAUAUUAAACGUCGAGGUCAGAAUAGUUCUCAGCAUUGAAUAAAUUUUAAUGUUAGUUAUUAUUAUCAAAAAAGAUUCUUUAAAAGAUUCUUUUACAGCUGUAUAUCAUAUGGGAGACAUAAAAGAGUCGUCAAGCUGAUAACGAAAACGAUCAGAUAGUAAUGUUCGGUCGUAAAUAUUGCUAUCGCGGCUGCACUUGCGGCAGCUUGGCCGCUGCCGGUAUCGCGCCCCGGCGAGCCACCCUCCACCCUCUUGCAAGUCGGAGCCCGAGCAUCGUUACCGAUGGCGUACUACGGACAGAGUGCUAGCAGCGGCGCUGGUAGCGCGUCACCGAGGGUGAACUUGAUGGUUGCUCGCGUUGUCGGUGCGCGAUCAGUGGGUAGACUCUCGCGGGGGUGACAACAUACCCCCUCCGCGUAGAGCAGCUAGCCGCCCGCACGUACGUACGUACGUACGGACGGACGGACAGAACGUAGGAACAGGAAGACUGCGGCGCUAUCAUAUGGAGCCGAACGACGGGGUUGCGUGUUAGGCGAAUCGGCGGUCCCGCUACCGCGGGACGAGCGCGAGGGCCUACCACGAGGGGAACGCGAAUGAUCGAUCCGACAGUUCGGUGAGUGAGUGAAGGAGCGAGCGAGUGACGAGGUAGCGGAAGAGAUCCGCGAAGAAAGAAAGAAGGAAGGAAGGAAGGAAGGAAGGGAGCAAGUGUCUCAGAGAGCUGGCGAGCCAGCCCCGAUGGGCUUCCAAGUGCGCGCGUACCGAACUGGCCGGAGAACCCAGAAAUGGGUCAACCCAACCCAGCGGCGGCCGGACGUGCGGCCGUUUUCUCGUGCGAGUCACUCGGUGGCCUAGUUUCGUCGGGGGCGAGCAAAUAAAAAGAGUCGCGACGCACCCCCUUGGUCCCUUCCGCCCCGUGAGACGGCGGCGACGUUACACGCGUGGAGUCGCCGACAUCGACGUCGUCGUCGUCGUCGUCGUCGUCGUCGUCGUCGUCGUGGUGAUGAUCGUGGUCGUGGUGAUCUCGUGAUCGUCGUUGUCGCCGUCGUCGCCGUCGUGGAUGCGACGUGACGUGUGACGUUGCCGAUCGCUGAUCGAAGUGUUCGCUCUCUCGCGCGCGCCAAAGAGGAAGAAAGAGUUAUGGAUUCUUGCGGAUUUCCUGCUGGCCUUCGGCUGGCGAGAGUCCAUCGAUUGACUCGCCGCCCCGACGUCGCGAUACAGCCAUAAAAGACACGGCUGAUAGCCGAGCCGCUGCGGGGUGGAAUACCGCCGUGAGGUGAGAGAAGCCACAUCAGACCACCGUUGUUUCGUGAAAGUGGGAUGAUAGAGUGCUUGGAGAUGGAGAAUGUCCAUCAUCUCAGUCCCGAUUCGCGAUUUCUCGCUGUUCUCGUCGAGAUCGAGCGCGAUACGUUGAGUGAUGCGGCUGGUCGGAGUCAGUUGUAGUGGCGCACCGUGAUCAGAUGCUGCUGUAAUCGUCGCGAUCUGUUCAUUUCAACGGGAGGGUGAAAGAGAGGAUCGGCAACGCUAUCCCGGACACGCUGAAAAUGGCGUCCAGCAAACUGCCGGAGAUGAACUACACGUGCGAGAUCUGCGGCCUGGAGGGCUUCAACGACGAGGAGAUGCGGUCGCACAUGGUGCUGUAUCAUCUUCAGGGCGCCGCCAACUGUCCAUUCUGCGACCUCGGCGAGAUCUCGCCCACGGAGAUGCUGGUACAUGUCAACAGCGCUCACCUGGACUAUCUGACCCCAAGCACCCCAGAGAACGAUAUGAUGGCAUUCAUCGACGACGACUCGUUGAUGGACGACCACGGACGCGACGAGUGCAGAGCAGUUUCACCGUCGAUGUCCCUGCGACCUCCUUACAUGCAGAACGGUUGGGGCAGUUCUCUGGGGUGGCGUGUUAAGGAACAGCAGCAACAGCAGCAGCAGCAGCAGCAACAGCAGCAACAACAACAACAACAUCUACAGCAGCAGCAACAGCAACAGCAGCAAAAACAAAUAUCGCCGAGAAAGCCGGACGUCCAAUUGGCGAAUCCCAAUAUGUAUAAUAAUAACAAUAAUAACAACGCCAACAAUGUGUUGGAGGGCGCAGCUGGCCACGGUUCACCGUUGCGUUCAGGCCUAAAUCUACAGCUGCGCUCGCACGCUUCCCCAAAACUUCCAAUACAGGAGUGCCCGAUGUGCCCCUACAGUUCCGACAGUCCGCUCAGGCUGGAAGAGCAUAUCAAUCGCCAACACUUUGAUCUCACCUCGCCGUCCUUCCCACCGGAAUCACCGCCGUCACGGGACGGUGUCUUCAACUGCCCACUUUGCGUUACGUCUUUUCCGAAUUCUUCUGAUCUUGAGUUACACGUUAAUAUUGAGCACAAGGAUAUACUCAGCCCUGCGAAUGGAACAGCCUCACAAUCCGACGUAGCCACUAUCGGUAGCGACACACCCGCCUGUCCAGUAUGUCUCAGUACGUUGUUCAAAAACAAUGACGACCUAAUGGCACACAUCGAAGAACACUUCAGCAAGAAGAACACGCCGUCGCCUGUGACGCCGGACGUGUCGACCGAUAGGUUGCUGGCGAAGGAUAUGGAGAGAAGAGAGAAAGAGGUGAGGAAACUGCGCGAACAGCGUGAGUUCGAGAUGCUGAGAGCGCAAUACGGCAUGGACAAUCAGGGUAACUUCCGGGAGCAGAGCGUCACCAAUAUGCAACGCGCGGUGUACGCGGGCGAGAUGACGGUGGCCGACUUCUUUGAGAGGCAGAUCGAGCUCCGAGUAGCCGAGAGUAGUGGCAUCGACGACGGCAGUUCUUGUACUCGCGGGCUGGUCCCGAAAGUGCGAGCCGUCAGUCACACAUACACUAAUGUAGUGAGCACCUGGAUGUGUUCCACCGUGGACCAUUACGCGUCAACCUACGGCGACAAGGGCUGGGGUUGCGGUUACAGGAACAUCCAGAUGCUAAUCUCGUCUCUCUUGCAGCACACAGGGUACAACGAGCUAGUUUACAAGGCGUGGAGCUCAGGCGCGGGCAGCAAUAGCUCCACGGAGAGCCCGUUGCGCACUUCGAUGCCAUCGAUCUCCCGGCUGCAGAAGAUGAUCGAGUGGGCGUGGGCGCAGGGCUUCGAUAUCCAGGGUGCUGAGCAGCUCGGCGGUAAACUGGUCAACACCAGGAAGUGGAUCGGCGCCACGGAGGUAUUCACGCUGCUGUCUAGUUUGAGGAUAAAGUGCCUGCUGGUGGACUUUCACAGACCCACCUGCGCGGACGGUGGCCAUCCGGAAUUGUUCCACUGGGUCCUGCGGUACUUUCAGAAAUACGAUGACUUUAAGCCGCCUCUUUACCUUCAGCAUCAAGGACACAGUAGAACGAUAAUGGGCGUGGAACAGUUGAGGGACGGCUCCAUAAUCAUGUUGGUGUUAGAUCCCAGUCACAGUCCGGCGCAAAUGUCACAUUUCAACAGCACAAGCAGCGCGCCCGGUGCGAUGCGACUCGUGCGGAAGUCUACAGCGGCGAUGAAAGCCAGACAGUACCAAGUGGUCGCUGUAACCGGCAUUAUGGACACAGAAGCGCAGUAUCAACAUAGUAAAGUUCUACGAUCAAUGCGUGUUCCUCAAGACAGGUGAGAGUUGCUGGUUCGAGAAGCAAACGAGCUCGAGCCUCGAAGCGCAAAGACUAUAGACUACUGCCUCAAACCGAUCUUGUCCGGCAUCCUUCGAGUUACGUGACCGCGAUGUCCUAUGUUCUCUACCGCUAGCCGACUUACUCCAUUGUAGUAGUUGCAGAUAAUAUUAUUUAACAAUAUAUUCUUGCAUCUCUCUAGCCGUUAAUGGUGGACUGACUCCUUGAUAAAUCGUUAUGCCCGCGCAAUAAGCCCGCGAGGGCGGAGCUGACUUGCACGGAUAUCAAAAGGCUCUUCGACGCGCUGCCGUUCGAGCGAUUUUAAUGUAACUCGUUUUGAUUUUAAUGUAAAAUCUCCGCCGCCCCCUCCUCGCUGUCUCCCCACCCCCAAACGUGGGAGAAAGUCCUUAUAUCUUAAAGUGAAUAAGAAAGUUCGUCGUACUACGCGCGCGCGCGCGGAUGAAUUUCUAUGAAUCUCCGCGAGAAUUAUCAACUCUGGAAAAUGAAUGUGUGUCUCUAUGUGUGCUUGAGAAUAAAAAAAAAGAUGUUCAGAGAAGAAAGAGAUCGGCAGAUCCGUGAGAGGAAGAUACUGUUAAAAAUGAUCGUCGUGUUUCUCUUGUCCAAAAAAAAUGUUCUGCUCAAUCUUCACCGCGGCGAACAGGCUGCGCUAAUCCUUAGCCGACCAAUCGUCUCGCACUGAUCGAUUGAUCAUCAUCGAGAAAGUCGUGGCAGAGCUUGGGAAAAAAAGAAAAAUGCGAAUUGGAGACUUUUUCGUAGCUGUGAUGCUUGGAAAACUCGGAGACUUUUUCGUAGCUGUGAUGCUGUUAUCAAUUCAACGCUGAUCACUCAUAAAUCCGAUGGACACACUCUUGGAAACGCUCCAGAAUCGACGCGCGGUGUUCCCAGUGCACUCGUCUCGUUCUUCACAUUCCGCGACUCGCGACGAAGGAUACUUCUCGUCAACACGUCGAUUUUUAGUCAAUAUGAAAAGUGCCGAGAGCCAUACAAUAUAUACAAUUACAACAAAUUUUAUAUAAUGAUACGAAAGAUAUUCUUUGACGAAUUUUGAUUGCUAAAAACGCUUCUAUGGGAGUCUGGAGUGUCUGCAAAAGUGACUAUAUCGCAUUUUCAUACAUAUAUGUAUACAUACAUAUACACACACACACACAUAUGUAUAUGUAUAUACAUAUAUAUAUAUAUAUAUAUAUAUAUAUAAAAUGUGUAUAUAUAUAUAUAUAUAUAUAUAUAUAUAUAUAUAUAUAUAUAUUUAUAUACAUACAUAUAUACAUAUGUAUAUAUGUACACAUACGGUAUACACAUACAAAAACACAGACACACACACACAUUACACAUUUGCACACUCUCUUCGUUAUAUCGUAUUUCACUUGCCCACACAUAAAAAGUACAACUACUUUCAUACUAAUUACAAAUAUUCUAUUUAAUUAUUCAAUCGAUUCUAGGCUACAUUUAUGUCCUAGCUCGUAAGUCCAACGCAAUGCUGUGAAUGAGAAGAUAGAUGAAGAAAAAAAAGAAAAAUACUACAGAGUCCAUUUACUUGUUAUUUAUAUUAUACACUUUACGAUUA